AUGGCAGGUGCCCGAAGGUCGACGCGUCAAUCCGCUUCUGCGGCACCGAAAUAUACCGAACCAGAUUCGGUGUCAGAAGAUGAGGCACCGAGGCGCAAUGCGAAGACAACGACGCGUCGCAAGCGCGCUCGAGAUGACCAAGAGGAUGUGGUGAACGAGGAUGAUUCUCCACCGCCUAAGAAAGCCGCAAAACCCAAGCCCAAAGCUUCAAAACCCACCGCCAAAACCAGCACUCCAACCAUCUCCACCGAAGCUUCAGAUGCGAAACCCAGCACCCUCUCCUCCCUCGAGCCAUCCUCAGAGACCAAUCGCGAUGCAUCCGGCGCCCAAGAAGUCUACUGGCUUCUCAAAGCCGAGCCCCUCCCGCGCUAUGAAAACGGCGUCAACGUCGCCUUCUCUAUUGACGAUCUCGCCGCGUGCACGAAACCUGAGCCAUGGGGCGGCGUACGCAAUCCGCAGGCCUGUAAGAACAUGCGCGCCAUGCGCAAAGGCGAUCUAGGCUUCUUCUACCAUAGCAAUGCGAAGCCGAGCGGUGUUGUGGGCAUACUGAGGGUCGUAGAGGAGGCGAAGGUCGACGAGACGGCGUUCGAUGAGAAAGACCCGUAUUACGACAAAAAGAGUGUGAGGGAAAAGCCGAGAUGGUUUUGUGUGGGCGUGGAAUUUGUAAAGAAGUUUGAUGACGUGGUGGAUCUAGCUACAAUCAAGAAGCACGCAGAGAAAGGAAAGAAGCUGGAAAGUAUGCAGUUAGUGAAGCAAUCAAGGCUCAGUGUCAACAGGGUGCGGAAGGAAGAGUGGGAGUAUAUUCUGGGGUUAGCAGGCGAAAAAGACGAUGGUGGAGGGGAUGGGUCGGACGAGAAGAAUAGGGAAGACACUACUGCAGGAGCUGAAGAGUGA